AUGGCUAAGAAGAAUUUCAGAGGCAGAAACUACAAAGGUAAGAACGCGCAGCGUACCAACGACACUGAAAGCGGAUGGGCAGAGAUCAACAAGGAGAAUGAAAAGUGGGAGACGUUUUACAAGGCUCAAAACUUGCUGUCAGAUGAGGAAUUUGCAGAGUUCAAGGAGUCAUGCAAAGUGCCGUUGCCAUUGACGUUUAGAAUCACCGGCUCUAGAAAAUAUGCUAAGGAGAUCCUCGAUAUCUUCAAGGAGAGACAUCUGAAGUACUUGCACGAUUUGCAAUUUGAAGGUGAGCACCUUCCACAACCAAAGCCAUUGGCCUUCUAUCCAAACGAAUUGGCAUGGCAAGUUGAUGUUGCUAAGGGAAUCAUCAGAAAAAACCCACAAUUUGCGAAAUUGCAACGUUUCUUAGUCAUUGAGAAUGAGGUUGGUAACAUUUCUCGUCAGGAGGCUGUCUCCAUGAUUCCUCCAUUGGUGCUCGACGUCAAAUCGCACCAUAAAGUGUUGGAUAUGUGUGCUGCUCCAGGUUCCAAGACUGCUCAACUUAUCGAAUCACUACAUGCCGAUACCCAAUCACCAACUGGUUUUGUCAUUGCUAACGAUUCCGAUUUCAAAAGAGCUCACAUGCUGGUGCAUCAGAUCAAGAGAUUGAACUCUCCAAAUAUGGUUGUUGUCAACCACGAUGCUCAAAUGUUCCCAAAGACAUACCUCAACAACCAAGUUGUGAAAUUCGACAGAAUCUUGUGUGACGUUCCAUGUUCCGGUGAUGGUACCAUGCGUAAGAAUGUUCAAAUCUGGAAGAAAUGGUCUAUUGGCGACGGUUUGGGCUUGAACAAAUUACAAUUCAAGAUCUUACAACGUGGUAUCAACCUGUUGGCCAACGGUGGUAGAUUGGUCUACUCAACGUGUUCCUUGAAUCCAAUGGAGAACGAAGCCGUUGUUGCAGAGGCAUUGAGAAAGAACAAAGACAUUAGAUUGGUAAAGACAGAAUUGCCGGGUCUUAAAUCUGCAAAGGGUUUGAAGACAUGGAAAGUGAUCAAGAGAGAUGGUACUGAAGCUUCAAAGGGUGAGGAUGCCAAAUACGGUGAUGAACUUUUCCCACCUUCCGAGGGUGAGGACUUCAACUUAGAAGACUGUAUCAGAGUCUAUCCACAUUUCCAAAACACUGGAGGUUUCUUCAUCACUGUUUUCGAGAAGGUUGACAGCACGGAAGACGAGCCAUUGGUUAAGAAACAAAAGACAAGUGAAAACUCCACUUCGACGACUCCAGCUCCAAAGAAAGAGAGACUUUCUACACAAGCAGGUGAUGGUAAUGAGCCAUUCAACUUUUUACCAUCAGACCAAGAAGAGUUGAAGAAAUGUUGGGAGUUUUACGGUAUUGAUCCAACCGAUUCUAAUGUCGUUGACUGCUGCUUUGUUAGAAAUGCCACUGGUGAACCUUCGAGAAUCAUCUACCUUUCAAACCCAACUUUGAAAGACUUCCUCGUCUCUAAUGAGGAGAAAUUGAAGAUUGUCCAUUCUGGGUUGAAAUUUUUCGUAUCUCAAAGAACAGAUCUUGUUUGUAAGUGGAGAAUUCAAUCUGAGAACCUGCCAAUCAUCAAAUCCAAGUUGAGUGAUGCACGUGUCAUUGACUGUUCUAUGGAACUUUUCGAAAAGUUACUGAAGGAGGCCUUCCCAAGAUUUGAAGAGUUGGAGAAAGAUGAGCAUGAGUUUGCUUCGAAGGUAUCCCAAAUGCCACAAGGUUGUGCUUUUGUCAAGAUCGGUCGUGGAGAUGAGCUCGAGGAACUGAUCUACCCUAUCUGGGUCGGUAAGAACUGCAUCAACUUGAUGUUGAGUAAGAAAGAAACGUUCGAGGUCUUGUACAGAGUGUUUAACAUCACCACCGAGGCCAACCAGGAGUACAAGCAGGGGCCAACUUUACAGAGCUCCACUGCUGUUAUCGGUGAAAGUACUGCUGACAGUAAUGAACAAGCUCCAGAAGAAGCUGGACAGUAA